AUGGCUUCCCCCGCUACACAGAACGACAGCGACGAUGACGACCUUCUCGCGGAAGCCUUCACGCGUUAUAAAUACAAAAAUCCCUUUAAUGAAGACACAUGGGAAGAGGAGUUUGAUAAAAUACCAAUGUUCAUGAAAACAGCACCAGAGGAGAUUGACCCCGAAAAAUACCCAGAGCUUGCUCAUAUCCAGGCAAUUAUCCAUGAUGAAGACAGGACCCCAGCAGAAAAAGCACAAAGUUUAAAGAAUGAGGGCAAUGAAUAUUUUAAAGAGAAGAACUACCAAAAGGCCAUCCUGGCAUAUACAGCAGCUUUGAAGAAUAAAUGUGAUGACCAAGACCUGGAUACUGUUCUUCUCACCAACCGUGCAGCCGCACACUUUCAUCUUGGCAACAUGCGAUCUGCAUUGAAUGACUCUGCAGCCGCAAAGAAGCUUAACCCACAGCAUCUUAAAGCCUUGAUUAGAGGUGCUCAGUGUUGUAUUGAGUUGCGUAACUUUGGGGCAGCCAUUCAAUGGUGUGAAGACGGUCUUAAAGCUCAUCCUACAGACAAGAAGUUGCAAGACCUGAGAACAGCAGCAGACAAACACAAGAGGGCAGCAGAAAGAGAUGCCAGAAAGGCCAAGGUCAAAGAAAAGAAGUUGAAUAAUCAGAAGGAUGCUCUUUUGUCUGCGAUAAAGGCGCGAGGCAUCAAACUUUUCCAGUCUGUGACGCCUCGUCAGUCGGGUUCAGAUGGCGAAGAUGAUGAUGAAGGGUCCUCAACGGCAAUAGCUGAGCUGAGCCUGGAAGGUCUUACCUCACAUCAAGCCACGGGGGCUCAGGUCUUUCUGGACGAGCAGGACUUGCUGCAUUGGCCUGUGCUGUUCCUCUAUCCGGAACAUCAGCAGAGUGACUUCAUCUCUGCUUUCUGUGAGAACAACAGGUUUUUGGAUCACUUUGUCGUCAUGUUUGGGGAAGAACUCCCACCUUGGGAUGCGGACAGAAAAUACCACAUUCAAAAUUUACAGCUGUUCUUCGAGGAUGAAGAGACACAGACACUCUACAAAGUGGACCCAGAGACUUCACUUUUAAAGGUGCUGCAACACAAAAGGUAUUUUGUCAAGGCGGGGACGCCCAGCUUUAUCAUUUUGGUGAAUGGCUCAUCAUUCUGGAAGCAGUAUUUAACAGGAAAGAAGAUACGGGGAUUGUGA